AGGAGCGGAUCCAAUCAGCAAGCAGCGCGCGAAGCCCUGGAACGGAAGCCUGUCUGUCCACGCCAGUACAAGGUGAACUGAGUCGCUGGUGCUGCGGUGUUUUCUUAUAAGACCACGAAAAUCACAAGGCACAUGUCAGUGAAUCAGCAAGAUCUAGAUCCAGAUAGUACUACAGAUGUGGAAGAUGUUACAGAUGCGGAAAAAGAACUUAUUAAAAAAUGUGAAGAAAUGUGGAAAGAUAUGGAAGAAUGUCAGAAUAAAUUAUCACUUGUUGGAACUGAGACACCCACUAAUUCAAAUGCUCAGCUGUCACUAUUAAUUAUGCAAGUGAAAUGUUUGACUGCUGAACUCACCCAAUGGCAGAAAGAAACUCCUGAAAUAAUUCCACUGAAUGAGGAAGUUCUGGUAACAUUAGGAAAAGAAAAGUUCCAAAAAUUGAGACAUGAUCUUGAAUUGGUGCUAUCUACUAUUCAGUCAAAGAAUGAAAAGUUAAAGGAAGACUUGGAAAGGGAGCAGCAGUGGUUGGAUGAACAACAACAGAUAUUGGAAUCUCUUAAUGUACUGCACAAUGAAUUGAAACAUCAGGUUGUGACAUUUUCUGAAUCCAGAAUCUUUAAAGAGCUGAAAUCUAAAAUGUGUGAUAUAAAAGAAUAUAAGGAGAAACUUUUGAUAACCUUGGGUGAAUUUCUAGAAGAUCAUUUUCCUCUGCCUGAUAGAAAUGUAAAAAAGAAAAAGAAAAACACUCAAGAAUCAACUGUACAGCUGAUAACACUGCAUGAAAUGUUAGAGAUUCUUGUAAAUAGAUUAUUUGAUGUUCCACAUGAUCCAUAUGUCAAAAUUAGUGAUUCUUUUUGGCCACCUUAUAUUGAACUGCUCCUGCGUCAUGGAAUUGCCUUGAGACAUCCAGAAGAUCCAACCCGAAUAAGAUUAGAAGCCUUUCACCAGUAAAGCAUGGUCUUUUCUUCACAACAGUCCUUAAGAAUCUUGCAAUUCAAGGACAAUGGGAACACUGAGGAUUACUUGGAUAAAGAACAUUAUUUGCAAAUCAAAGCACAUGGUCCCUCUUCUUAUCCUUACAAUGAUACAUUCUGCCAUCUAUUACUCAUUUAACAAUGGUCCUCACACAUUCAGUCAGUGCUUUGGUGUUUUCAGCUGGAUGGACAAUAAUCCAAAUAAAACAUAUUCUACACUUAAUUAUUAUAAAACUUUUAAUGUACCUUACUUCUGCAAUAUUCUUUCAAUGAUUUUUUAAUUUAUGAUAUUGAUAGUGUAGUUUUCUUUUUAAAAUUUAUGAGUUUUCUUUUAUGCAUUUUGAGUUCCAUUUGCAUCCUUUAAAUUUAUGAAUUAUAAUGGAAAGCCAUUUAAUUUGUACAUGAUUUUGAAAUUGAUAGUACCUGAUGGAGAAGGGAGCAUAGUUUGAAAGUAUUUAGUGAAUCUAUUCCAUGUACACUGCCUUAUUUCUAGACUUGAUAAAAGUUGAAAUAUAAAAACUAAUGGAUAAAGGUAGCAUGAAACUAUUUUAAUUAGGUAUUAUAUAACAAGUGAUAUAUAUAUUAAACCACUCUUAAAAUUGAGUUCACAAAAUUUUGUUAAUCUUCUGUGAUCUUUCUGUAAAUAAAAUUAUCUCAUCUAAAUUUCUCAAGCUUUUUAGCUUUUUUGUUGAUGUGGCAUAAUAUUUUAGUAGACUUUUUCAUGGAUGGAUAAAGGAAGAUAUUAUAGUACUCAUUUAGGAUUACAUACAACCUAAACUAGGGAAUUCCAAACCCAUUUAGUAUCAUUAGUUUCCUGAGGGGGCAUAGUGUAUACUUUUAUAUUUGAAAAUGCUUUCUACUGUAUAUCGUCUCAAGUUUUUUGCUUAAGUACUUCAUGUUUUUAAAAGUAAUCAAAUACUAUUCCAAGAUUACCAUGUCCCUUCUAUAGAAAAUACUAUUAUAUUUUAGCGAAUGUAAAUUCCUUUAUGAAGAUGACAUAUAAAGUACCUUCCUAGAAUACUCCAGUUGGGAGUCAAAGGAAUGAGCAGCUUUUUAUACCUUGAAGUUACUGGAGAAGGAAGAAGUGGCUCUGUAGGAUAAGCCUGACAAUACUACAGAGCAGGUAGAACUGUUGUCCCUGAACUCCUCUAUGUUGCAAAUUCUAGAAAGAUUUUAAGGCAAAAAACAACUUGAUUUAUUUAUCAAGUUUUCACAUUUUACUGAUAAAUCUACUGGUUAGAAUCUUUUUACUACAGUAUAUUGUAUAAGCUUUAAAGAAAGCUAUGAUGAUUGCAUUUCACUUUUAAUUCAUUCACCCAGCCUUCUUACACAGAAAGAUGAUUUGUUCACUUUUGAUCUCAAUCAUAAGCAAAGUAAAAUCAUACUAGAAUUAGUCUUGAUUUGUAUUCCAUCUACACUUGUGGCCCCUGAAGCUUUUGUGAUUUUUGAGUAUGUUGGAGAAAAUGUUUCAAGAUCAGAGGACCUAUAUAUGUAUAUAUAUUUUCACUUCCUACUGAAAAUCAUUGAAAUGUAUUAAAGGCUUAGAAUUGUU